AGAAACCGAGGACUAGGCGCCGGCAGUGGAUAACACUACAUUUGGUGUCACUGCCAGUGCCAGUGGAAGAAGCAGCUCCGUAGAAAUGCUCUCCGCUGCCUCAUCCCAAAACCCUCGCCGCCUCCUCCUCCUCCAUUUCCGCCCCAAAUCCCACCGCUCCAUCAUCUUCCCCAAAGCCCUCCACGCCUCCCCAACAACGCUAAACCCUUCCUCCUCUCCCCAAAUCCUCACCAUCCGCAAGUCCCUCCUCUCCCGCCAGACCACCGCCGUCGACCUUGCCGCCGCUUACCUCGACCGCCUCCGCCGCACCGAGCCCCACCUCCGGAGCUUCCUGCACGUCUCCGACACCGUCCUCAAAGAGGCCGAGGAGAUCGACCGCAGGAUCCAGAGGAAUGAGGAGCUCGGCCCCCUCGCCGGAGUACUCGUCGCCGUCAAGGACAACAUUUGCACCGCCGACAUGCCGUCCACGGCCGGGUCCAGGAUUCUGGAGGGCUAUCGGCCGCCGUUCGACGCUACGGCGGUCCGCAAGCUGAGAGAGAGCGGGGCGAUUAUUGUUGGCAAGACUAAUUUGGAUGAGUUCGGCAUGGGGAGUUCUACCGAAGGUUCCGCUUACCAGGUGACUGCGAAUCCUUGGGAUUUAUCAAGGGUGCCAGGAGGGUCAUCUGGGGGUUCAGCUGCGGCUGUUUCUGCUAGGCAGUGUGUGGUGUCAUUGGGAAGUGAUACUGGUGGAAGUGUAAGGCAGCCGGCAUCUUUUUGUGGUGUUGUUGGAUUGAAGCCAACAUAUGGGCGUGUGUCAAGAUAUGGACUUGUGGCUUACUCUUCAUCGCUGGAUGUUAUUGGAUGCUUUGGUUCCUCAGUUUCUGACACAGGGAUUCUCCUUCAUGCAAUUUCUGGCCAUGAUAGAUUUGAUGCCACUAGUAGUAAGCGACAAGUUCCCAACUUCAUAUCGCAAUUCUCCUCCAAGGAAUCAUUGGAAUCUAAACCACUGAAAGGAUUAAGGGUUGGUGUAAUUCGUGAAACUCUUGAGGAGGGUGUUGAUGCAGAAGUAAUAUCUUCAAUUCGUGGUGCUGCUUCCCAUUUGGAAGAAUUAGGAUGCAUUGUAACAGAGGUGUCACUACCAUCCUUCUCCCUUGGGCUACCUGCAUACUAUAUCCUUGCUUCCUCUGAGUCAUCUUCCAACUUAUCUCGUUAUGAUGGUGUCAGGUAUGGCAAUCAAGUUCCUGCUGAUGAACUGAAUUCCCUUUAUGCUGAUUCCCGCUCUAAAGGGUUUGGUUCUGAGGUCAAAAUGAGAAUUCUGAUGGGAACAUAUGCCCUUUCAGCUGGUUACUAUGAUGCCUAUUACAAGCGAGCCCAGCAGGUGAGGACCUUAAUUCAGGAAAGCUUCAAGGAAGUGCUGCACAAAAAUGAUAUCCUGAUUUCGCCAGCUGCUCCAUCUGCUGCUUAUAAAAUUGGUGAAAAGAAAAAUGAUCCGUUGGCAAUGUAUGCAGGGGACAUCAUGACAGUAAAUGUUAACUUAGCUGGUCUGCCUGCACUUGUUUUGCCUUGUGGAUUUGUCGAAGGAGGGUCCAGAGGUCUUCCUGUUGGCGUUCAGAUAAUUGGUGCAGCAUUUAAUGAGGAAAAAUUGCUCAAAGUAGGCCAUAUCUUUGAGCAGACUCUUGAAGGUGUUAAUUUUGUUCCGCCAUUGGUAGCUGAUGACUUUGUAUGAUAGCCACCGGUCAAUCUUGUAAAUGAUGAGGAGCUCGAAGCUGAUUAUGAUGGCAGUGCAAAUUGUAUGGCACAUUGAUCUCACAAAUCAUGCAAUUCAUAUUUUCAGAAGGCAAUGAUUCUAGGACUCGAUCUGGCAGGUCAUCUCGAAGUUGCUUCAUGCAAUUUCAGCAAUAUUUAUAGUUUUCUAGGUUUCUAACCAGCCAAGCCGGUUCAAUUUUCAAGGUUCAGCUUCUGGUAGCUUUGGCAAAUUGCAAUCUAGUAGCUGUAGUUGGAGAUUGUUCACCAGCCCACCUAAUUGGUUGUGCUUUGUUGGGAAAAUUGUAUGAUCAUGGUGUGCGAAUACCAUAAACAAGCGAUAAAAUAUGUUUUGCAGCGGAAAUAAAACAUGGACCUUAGAGUUGAAUCACUAA